UGAAAAGCUGACUUUUCUGAAACAUUGGGCUUUCAACUGACAGCUACCACAUGAAAGUUAAUGUGCAGAUUUCAAGAAAACAUGGUAAAAAGUCAGUUAUGUCAAAAUUAAAUUUAGGGAACAGGGUGCUAAUAGUUACAGCUCUGAUUAUUUUCUUAGCCAAAGAAAUGGAUCAAUGUUUUUCAGUGUGUGCGUCAGAGACCAUUGAGUAGGUGGCUGGAUGCGUAUGUGUGUGUGUGUGUGUUUGUGUGUAUGUGUGUGUAGGUGUGUGUGAUGAUGGGUGGAGAAGCAGGUAAAUUAAUAUAACAGCUGGUUUGAGGUUUAUGGCGAGAAAUGAUUGUGAAAGGUCAUAAGACAGAGCCUGACAUUUACCAAGGCAUACAUCUUAUUGCUAGUAAUGCACACACACACACACACACACACACACACACACACACACACACACACACACACACACACACACACACACACACACAAAGAAGAGGAUGGCAGAUUUCAGCAUCUAUCCUUGACAAGUUGUUGACAGCAGAGCGGGGAGGAUGGGAAGCCAGAAACAGCCGUUGUUUGUCUGCUGUUCGGAUCUACUUCUGAUCAAACAUUACUUAUCGGGAUUUGCACAAGCAUUGCAUGAUCCGUGGCUUAAGAUGCAACACACUCAAAUUCUUUCUCUUUUCCUCGAACACAAACAUACACACACACAAGCACGUGGGCUGGCAGAGCUCCAGCUUCAUUACAACAGCACUCUGGCAGGCUGAUUGAGUGAUCAAAACUAAUCGCAUUUAAUCAUGUCUAAUCACAUGUAAUAAACAACACUGAGUGCUCAGGCAUGACAUGACUCUCCACUCUCUCUCCAUCACUCCCUUUUCCUCUUCUCUCCUCUUGUCAUUCCUUGACCCUCCUGCCCCCUCAAACACCCACGAGCAACACUUCCUUCUUCUCCUUCUCCAUCGGCCUUCUCCUUUGUCUUUCAUGUUUGCGCCCAGUGAAAAAUAAGACUGAUCGCACGUGAGAGAUGCAAGAGAAAAGGGUAAAAGGAGGGUGUCAAAAAGAAGAGAUAAAGACAAAUAAAAGAAAAGGUGAUGAAUAGACACCCUCAGUAGAACACACAGCCGCCCCGGCAGGCGCAGCUCGCAGUACUUUUGUGGUGUUGUACUCUCAAAGAAGGAACAAGAUGCUCUUCCUUCCGGCUUCGCUGUGUGACUAACAGCUUUGUCAGAACAACUGGAAGAGGAUGAUCUGGCAGUCACGGGCAAUAUUUUCAACAUUAUCAUCUUCUUUCCAAUUUAUAUUCAGUACACAGCUUUAAAAGCUUCAAGUCUUAAGCCCUUGCGAUUUCUUCCAGUGUUUUUCUAUGCUUUGAUCAGAUUUUGAAGUCCCACUGAGAUGCCUCUUUAAACUGCAGUUACAUGUAAUAAUGCAGUGUGAUAACUGGAACUGGUAGGGAUUUAAGUAGACUGCACACAGAGUGUAAAUAUUCUUAUGGCAUGAAUUUACAACAGUUGCAUGGGAUGUUACGAGAGCUCAUCUGAUAAAGUUCCUCGUUUGUAAUAUUUGUGAAAAUGUAAAAACCCUUGAGGCACAAACUCAAUCUUGCAUGACCUUAAAAUAUAAGCUCCCUUGUUAUCUCAGAUCAGCUCUCCUGUUUUCCUAUUCCUCUUCUUCUCUACCCUGUUUCCAAACCUAAUCUUUAUUAAACUAGAAGGCUGCUUUUGGAGGACAGAAAGGAAAACAAACCGCUCCCACCUUGGUGUUAUAUCAUCCCUUUUAAGGCAUUAGUAUGCUUCAAAUCAAGUGUUUGUCGCAUGGUCACACAGCAUGUGAAACACCCUCCCCCUACACCAGAAAUGAGGGGCCAUUUCCUUCUUUACAAAUCUGACAAUUGGCCGAGCUUGUCUCACUUCAUGCAGCAACAGGCUGGGUGUGUAAAGGGAAGAACGUAGACAGGAUUCGAAUUUCUCUCUCACGCCCUCUGUAUUAGUUCCUGCCACAUUUUGUGAGCACAACAACAAAAUCUCCAUUUGUAGUUUCAGCGUGCCUCACCUCUCUAUGAUGGCAGGCUUUUCGCCCCAACUUCAAGUGUGGACAUUCAGAUUAGCUAUAAACACUUUUGCCUUUAGAUGUAGUCCCACAACAUGUGAAAUGAACUAGUUCAGACUUCACUCUGAAGAGAGGUCACUUCCUUCUGGUUGGUAUCAGCUGAGAUAAGAUCCUCCACCCUUUCUACUGUCUUUCAAAUUUACAGAUGUACUGAUUUUCUAUGUGGAAAGAUAGUUUAUCAAAGUCAAAAGAGAUAAAAAAAAAAAAAAAAUACAUUGGCUCUUGUUAAAUUUGAUCGGACCGAUCAGAGGCAGACUGUAAUUAAGAUAACCACCAAAUCUUCAAAGGAAGCUUCAGUGAGGAAAGUAAAUACUUGUGAUUUGUAAACCAUGAGAUAUUUGCCGGUGGUACCGCCAUACGCUCUUUCAUUUCAUAAAUAAUCUGCUUCUUCUUGCCUACAGAACGCUGCAAAUGAAUUGUCAAGUGGUUGGAUGGUUUUCACAGUGCCAGACUGAAACAAAAGCAUCAAGUGUCCUGAAGAGCAAAACUAACUCUAGUAAUCCCUGGCGACGUCUGAGAUGCUUUGCUUCGGCUGGCGGCGGUUGUUGACUCGCGCUCGCUGCGAGUGGCCCUUCGAGACAGCAUACAGGAGCUGCUACCCAGCACGGAGUGUGUAUGUGUCUACAUGCUGGAGGGAGACUCGAGGCUGCUAUCUGACGACCCGCCACAUGAACUGCCACUGGAGGGAAAGAUCAGGAGCAUUGUGGACCAGCUGAAGCGAUGUCAGUGUGCCGGCCUCCCUCCAUCCGAACUGCCAGAAAAAUACAGAAUUUGCCUCGCAGCGCCGUUGGCAGCACACAGAAGAGCUGUUGUUAUUCCCGUUCUGGGCCAGGACCAGGACAAGGCCAUUGCUGUCUUACUGGUUGGCUGUAAUCCACUAUCUGAUCAGGAUGAACUGCAUCUUAGCAUGGUGGAAAAACAUGCCUCAGUGGCAUGCGUGCGAGUCCAGGCUAUUCAGACGUCCUACCAGAGGCCUCCCCUCAGCCCCUCACCCAUACAGUCCCACAAUGCACUACUGCACCUCAACGUCUCAGAACAGGACUACUGCGAGCUGGACCGCAACAUUCUGCAACUCUGUGGUGAGCUCUAUGACCUUGAUGCAGCCUCUCUCCAGCUCAAAGUCAUCAAUUAUCUGCAGCAGCAGACUCGGUCGCAGUGUUGUUGCCUGCUGCUGGUGUCCGAGGACAACCACCAGCUGUUCUGCCAGGUAGUUGGAGACAAAGUCCUGGAAGAGGAGAUCAGCUUCCCGCUGAUGUUUGGACGUUUUGGUCAAGUUGUGGAGAAGAAGAAGUCAAUUACUCUUCAGGACAUCAGUGCUGAGGAGCGAAGGCAGCUGUCCAGUAUGUUAGGCUGCGAGAUCUCCUCCAUGCUUUGUGUCCCAGUGGUCAGCAGGGCCACUGGUCAGGUGGUGGCACUAGCAUGCGCCUUCAACAAGCAAGGUGGCCAGAGACACACAGAGGCAGAUGAGCAUGCCAUCCAGCACUGUUUCUGCUACACUUCAACGGUCCUCACUUCAACUUUGGCCUUCCAGAAAGAACAGAAACUCAAAGUGGAGUGCCAGGCACUCUUACAAGUGGCCAAGAAUCUCUUCACACACUUGGAUGAUGUGUCAGUGCUGUUACAGGAAAUUAUAGUGGAGGCCAGGAACCUCAGUGAUGCAGAGAUCUGUUCAGUGUUCCUGCUGGAUCGCGUCAGUCAUGAGCUGGUGGCGAAGGUGUUUGACGGUGGCGUGGUUAGUGACGAAGAGAACGAGUUUCGUAUCCCAGCAGACCAGGGUAUCGCAGGCCAUGUGGCAACCACUGGUCAGAUCCUAAACAUUAAGGACGCCUACUCCCAUCCUCUCUUCUACCGAGGCGUGGAUGACAGCACCGGCUUCAAGACUCGCAACAUCCUCUGUUUCCCCAUCAAAGAUGAAAACAACGAGGUGAUUGGAGUGGCGGAGUUGGUGAAUAAAAUGAACGGGCCGUGGUUCAACCGCUUCGAUGAGGAUCUGGCCACAGCUUUCUCCAUCUACUGUGGUAUCAGCAUUGCCCAUUCUCUGCUGUACAAGAAGGUCCACGAAGCUCAGUUCAGAUCCACCCUGGCCAAUGAAAUGAUGAUGUACCACAUGAAGGUUUCAGAGGAGGAGGUGUCUAAGCUGCUGGUGACGGGGAUUGAACCAGUGAAGGAGAUCUACCCCUGCUUCGCUGAGUUCACGUACACGCCUCGCUCCCUGCCUGACGACACCACACCCAUGUGCGUCCUCAGCAUGUUUGAAGAUAUGGGUUUCAUCAACACAUACAAGAUUGACCUGCACACUCUCGCCAGGUUCUGUCUGAUGGUGAAGAAAGGCUACAGAGACCCUCCCUACCACAACUGGAUGCACGCUUUCUCUGUCUCACAUUUCUGCUACCUGCUCUACAAAAACCUAGGGCUGUCCAACUACCUCGAGGAUAUAGAGAUUUUAGCUCUCUUUGUCUCCUGUUUGUGCCAUGACCUGGACCAUCGUGGCACCAACAAUUCUUUCCAAGUCGCCUCGCAAUCUGUUCUGGCUGCUCUCUACAGCUCCGAGGGAUCUGUGAUGGAGAGACAUCACUUCGCCCAGGCCAUUGCCAUUCUGAACACUCAAGGCUGCAACAUCUUUGAGAAGUUCUCCAGAAAGGACUACCAGCGCAUGCUGGAUUUGAUGAGAGACAUCAUACUGGCGACAGACCUGGCUCACCACCUUCGCAUUUUCAAGGACUUGCAGAAGAUAGCUGAUAAUGGAUACAAUCCAAAAAGCCGUACCCACCGCUCUAUGCUGCUGUGCCUGUUGAUGACAUCGUGUGACCUGUCAGACCAAACCAAGGGCUGGAAAACCACCCGCAAGAUUGCUGAGCUGAUUUAUAAAGAGUUCUUCUCUCAAGGAGAUCUGGAAAAAGCCAUGGGGAACAGGCCCAGUGAGAUGAUGGACAGAGAAAAAGCAUACAUCCCAGAACUACAGAUAAGCUUCAUGGAACAUAUUGCCAUGCCAAUCUACAAGCUGCUAUCUGAACUGUUUCCUGGGGCCACUGAGUUAUAUGAGAGAGUGGCGGCAAAUCGGGAGCAGUGGACCAAAGUGUCCCACAAGUUCACCAUCCGUGGGUUGCCUAGCAACAACAGCCUAGACUUCCUGGACCAGGAAUAUGAGCUGCUGCAGUCCCAGGGUGCUUUCGGGAGCGACGACCACUGCCUCAACGGUUGCCUUGACGAUGCAGAUGGAGGAAGGGGUCAGUGAUGACAGCUGGCUGCCGACGGUUUACUGAAGUUUUCUAUGGUCCAAAUAAGAGGCUGAGGAUACCUUUUUAGCGACCUAAGAGGGAGGGGUCUCUCUGCUGUCAAUCGCUUAGAUGCUUAGCAGGCCAUGCAGAAUGGACUGGACCAAGUUUCAAACCAAUUGAAUCAGACAAGUGAUUUGAAAGGAGUGGAUCCAUCUGAGCCGGUUCAUUGAUUAGAUACUACUUGUUGCUUGUGUCUCCAGUUCAGGAAAGCAGAAGGUGGUGACUUUAUCUUUUUCAGCAGCUAUACUGGAAAAAUAGGUUUGUACCACAGGUUCAUUCAUACAGUACCGAUCCUGAUUAAGAUUGUAAAAACACAAACACACACCCACACGCUGACACACAUGUACAUGCACAUACUGUGUAGACACACAAAAUGGAGAAGAAAACAAUUCGUUGUUAUGGAAAAAGACUACGUCAACAUGUAACAGUGACAUAAAGUGCUAUACUUUCUGUAAAAUGUUUCAUUAUAGCUUAUAUUGAUUUAAAUGGCUCAGCUUUGUUCACACACAAACAGCUGCCAUAGUCCCUCACCUGAUGCUUAUGAAUGCAUGCUGUAUGGACACCUCAUGUAUUAUUCCUUUUAUCUGGGUCAGUGUUGAUUUCUCCAUGGCUAAGAAAUUAAUUUUUAUACCAUCAAGAACAGAUUUUUGUACUCGGUUCUUCAAAGUGUAUUUAAUUCAUUCAUGAUCAUGAAGUUAUAUAUAAGGGAAGAUUUUUUUCAUUUGCUUAGACAACAUUUUAACCCUCAUGUGUUCUGACUCAUUUUUCCACAUUUUGGGGUUGUUUAAGCGACAAUUUGACAAUCACUGAUCAAUUACAAAGUUCCACAGGUCCGUGGUCAUGACCCCUCACUCCAUGAGUAAAACUUUAACGACACAUGCCCUGUGCAUCUUAAUUGCCACUGCAUUAAGUAUGCAUUUACACCUCAAACAAAGGCCACCUGACCUUAAAUCCAACCUGUUUAUUUUUGUUAGUUAUUUCCACUCCCUUGCACCUUUUUCAAUUUCUUUUUUCUUUUUAGUUUACGAAUUUCCUCAUUAAACCACUUCAAAUAUAGAGCAACCGAAGCCCUUUAAAAGAUCCAUCUCAUCUGUUAGUGUAAAUGUGCCAGAGUAGAGCGUGUUAUAUGGAGUGUCUCAUCGAGUGUGUCAUAUGGAUCUGCCUUAUUGCGCAUCUUUGCUGCCUUUCUUAGAGCUUUUAAUAUAUGAAAAUUGAAAUAAAGCGUCUGUUUAGUAUGUAUGUUGUAUAUUUGUUAUAGUUUGAGUAUCAAAGUGUUGACUGAAUGAUCACCAUGCUCAGAAGAUGUAUAUUUGUGAAAUAACUGUGUAAAGACCUCAGAUGUCAUGUCAUUUCACUUCUUUCUGUUUUAAGUUAUGUAUACAGCCACCAGAGGAUAUUCGGCAGACACAACAGCAUUUAUUCAGUUGUCAGUGCAGCCAAAAACUGUUUUCAAGAAAGAUCUAGAGCUGUAGCCAUCAUAGAAAUUAUUCUUUCUUGAAAACAUCUACAGUUCACCUUUGCUGCACUUCAAAGGAAAUUUUUGGAAACUUAAUAGUUAAGUUCUCAGAUUGUGCUUCGUAGGAAACCUGACAUUUUGGAGCCAAGGGGUUUUGUGUUAAAAUGCGCCAUAUUCAGUUUUACCUUACAAUGUUUUAAAUAGGAAAUGCUGCAGAGUUAGGGUAAGUCGACCACAGAAAAGUUACACAAAGAGAAACUUCUGUAAUGGACCCCACUGUAUGUAGGCAGUGUGUGUGUGUGGAGGGGUGAGAGUAAGUGAGCGAAUGAGUGGAUGAAACAUGUGGGUGAGUAGAUGAGCGGGAGAGAGGACUGGAGGUAGUUGGUUUAAGAGCAAGAGAGAAAUGUUUGGUAAAACCAGUCUUUACAGAGCUGCUGUUGACAGAGAUAAGGCAGACACAAACCUCAAGUGAUGUGCUAGAAUUUCUCCCCUUUUAUGCAGCCCUGAUAAUGCUGGUGAGGGUAGAUGAAAGGAAAAAUAUUGCAAUCAUAGGAUUUAAAUAAAUAAUUUUCUUUAAAAGGGUCUCAUGAGGGUGCAUUAGAGAGGAAGGUUAAUUGGUGACCAAAAUGGUUUGAUGUAUAUGUUAUACCUACAGUGGGAAAUGCAUUAGCACGAUUGGAUGAAAUCGUUUGAUCUGCCUUGGUUUGCUACAUGAAGUGAAUAUUUUUUACUAUAAAAGUUUUUAAAGGGCAUACAGAUGUGUUUGUAGAAGAGCCAAUCUCUCUCUCUCUCUCUCUCUCUCUCUCUCUCUCUCUCUCUCUCUCUCUCUCUCUCUCUCUCUCUCUCUCUCUCAAGCUCUUUCUCUCACAUGUGGUUUUCCCAUUUCUGUUAUUUUUAAACCACUGUUUCAUAUGUACCUGCCUUUUUUCAUGUGCAAUAUGAAGUGUCUGCCUCUGUGAUGUUGCAUAGAUUCCUAUGUAAAUACCUAUGCCUCUUGUUAAAUUAUUACUUUCAGUCUGGGUUCCCAAAAGCAUUUCAGAGUUAGAUCAUGAUGUUUCAAUUAAAAAAAAAAAAAAAAAAAAAAAAAAAAAAA